AUGGCAACGCCUGUGGGGCGUCCUCUCUCCCAGUACGACCUUCCGGACUUCACUAUCUCCAAUGAUCGUGAGCACGGGCACGGGCUUAGCCGCCCUACAACCUACUCCGCACAGUCUAGCGGUCACGUCGCGUUCCCUGAGCCACAAUUGUAUCGCUCUGUAUCCCAACAAGGCGCGGGACGGUCAUUUGGCACUGCAGGGAACGAAAUGAGACGACAUCGGCCCAGCCAUAGCGAGGCAUACGUCAACACCGUCAAUACCCCGACCAGCAUAUCGCGGAAUGAAUCUACGGCCUCGUUUCUCAGUGCGGACUCAUUUAACGAUUACGAUUCCAUAUCCGGAGACUCUUACGAAGAACCGGCCUACUCCUACGACGCUCACGAACCAUCUGUAUACGACCGCUCGGUGGACUCGCUAUCUCAGGACUUAGCCGAUGUAUCCCUCGACUCCGAAGAAGGACUCCGGCGAUUUCAGAGUCACGAGCUUGCUGGACCUGAGGAGGAAUGGCACAGAUUGGUCCCAGAGGCCGCUCGUGAAGCGCUGGGAAAUGAUGAGGUUCAGCGCCAGUCCGUCCUCUUCGAGAUCAUCAAGUCUGAGAGGGACUAUGUGUCGGACCUGGAAGCUGUUCGCGAUGUCUACAUCGAGCCACUAAGCGCCGCCAAUCCCCCCAUCAUUAAGCCCGAACUCCUCAAGGGCUUCAUCAGCCAAGUCUUCGGCAACGUCGCCCAGAUCCUCGCACACCACCAGCUCAUGCUCGCCGCCCUCUUCGCCCGCCAGCGCGAGCAGCACCCCCUCAUUCAGAGCGGCACCUUCCGCACCGCGUACGAGACGUACAUCAAGCACUACCCCCUCGCGGAAGCGCACCACCGGAAGGAGCUCAACCGCAACCCGGACUACCGCCACUUCAUCCAGUCUGCCGCGUCCGACCCGCGGAUACGCAAGCGCGACCUUGUUACCUUCCUCUCCCGGCCUGUUACGAGGUUGCCCCGACUGAAUCUGUUGAUUGAACAAUUGCACAAACUCACGGAACACGCAUAUGACCACCCCGACCUCGAUACCCUACCAACGAUAUCCGGAAUUCUGAAGGACUUCAUAAAGAGCACGCAACCAGGCAUCGAAGCAGCGGAGAGCAAAGUCAAGUUCUGGGCUCUUUGCGAGAGCUUGGUAUACAGGAAGGGCGAGAUCAUUGACCUCGACCUAUACAACGAUAACCGGACACUUGUCUACGCCGGUCCCGCGUCGCGGAGAAACCGCCAGGACGCGACGUUCUCCGGCUGGACCGACCUCUACGUCGCCCUCCUCGACCACUACUUCUUCCUCACCCGCGAAGAAAAGCGGCCCAACGGCUCCAUCAAGCACUACAUGGUCUCCCGGCCCAUCCCCCUCGCCUACCUCCGCCUCGGCUCCUUCAACGGCGCUACCGAAUCCCGGCGCAUCCGCGAAGAGAAGGGCGGCUUGCUCGAUGGCCUGCGCUCCCGCACGGAGAUCCUCUAUCCGUUCACGGUGUACCACGCGUCGAAUAAGAUGAAUAGGCGGUACACGCUGUAUGUGGGGAGCGAGGCGGUGAGGAGGAAGUGGUACGCGGCGUUUGUGGAUACGCUGGCGGUGUAUAAGGCGCGGGCAGAGGGGAAUAUGUUCUUUAGUCCGCAGAAAUUGUCGGAGGGCUUCUUUAGGAUAGCGGCGCCUGGAGGUGCGCUGACGAUGGGACGCUUGACUGGCGGCGCAACCAGUGCUGCACCAUUCGACGCUAACGGGAGGAAGUACCUUGCCAUCAGUUGUCCUUCAGGGGUAUAUGUCGGCCAUCGGGGCAGAGAAGACUUCCGCCGCGUCUUGCCCUUUAACAGCGCUUCCAUCGCAGCAAUAUCACGCUUGAACGGCAAGUCGUUCAACCGCUUCGUGAUCCUCCACGACGGCAUGCUGUUCUCGUACGCCCUCGAUAUCCUGGCCAGGGUAGCCUUCGGCGAGGCCACGGCGGAGGUACUCGACGCCUCAUUGCAAAGGAUAGCCGGCCAGGAUAGUAGUACGGUCCUGUUCUUCCGGAUUGUUGUGGUGGGAUCGCGGACGUUAUUGCUCUAUGCAGCGAAGAAGCUUCUGCAGGUCUCGCUAACCUUGCACGUGCUCGAGGUCAUUGACUCGCCCGAAGCGGUGCUUUCGCCGCGCAGGACUGGAGGGUCAAAGCAUCCGUCGUCGUUCCGGCGCUUCGGCGAGCCUGGAUAUGUGCCGAAGGACGCGCACGAUGUCACGGCCCUCACGAAGACCGUCGGCAUAUGCACUACGGACGGGAUCGUCAUCGUGAAUCCGACGAACCUCGCCAACUCCUCCGCCACCGUCGUCCCCGACUUCAGCAAUCACAGCACCGAUCUCGCGAUGGGCUUACUCAAGACCAAAGUCGAGGACGCACGGCCCCUCGGCCUCGUCCCCUGCGGCUCCUCCGAGCUUCUCGUCGUCUACGACACCCUCGGCUGCUACAUCACCCGCCACGGCGAACCCGCUCGCAAAUCUGGCUUCAUACGCUGGGAGACCCCCGCCACCUCCUUCGCCGCCCGCGGGGAACACGUCCUGCUCUUUUCGCACAACUUCAUCGAGGUGCGGAACAAGGGCACGGGCAAGCUCGUGCAGACUAUCGAGGGCGCGGGCAUGCGCAUGCUGUACGCGCCGUCGGUGGGGGAGAAGGAGCCGAUCUUGGUGGCGAUGAGGGGGGAUAGGAAGGCGUCGGACAGUAUGGACGACAAGAUUGUCGAGCUGGUGGAAACAGCGGAGCUCUCGGCGUCUACGACGUCGCCGCCUCCUUCUGCGGCGAUGUGGGAGGAUUGGGACCUGUGA